AUGGUCUCCGCCGCCUCCCUCGCCGUCUCCCACCACGGCCUCCUCGCCGCGCCCGCCCGCUCGCAGCCCCGCCCGCCCGCCCGCUUCGUCCGCUUCCCCCGCACCCGCCUCCGGGUCGCCGCCGUCUCCUCGUCCUCCUCGCCCCCCUCGCGGUGCGACCGCGACCGCGACCGCGCCGCGGCUGGCCUCGAGCGGUGCCUGGCCGCGACCCCGGCGCCGGCCUCCGGCCCGCCGGAGAUGAAGGGCGGGAGGCAGCGCGGCUCGUUCGGGGCCGCCACGCUCCAGAAGGCGAAGCUUGACCUCUCCCAGAAGAGGCUCAAAGGCGUCCAGCCCGAGCUGGCAACUGGUGGUGGUGGUGGAGACAAUGGGAAACGAAUUGGCUAUGGUGGUGGUAAUAGUGGAGAUGAUGAUGGUGAUGAUGAUGAUUACUUUGAAGACUCUGACGAUGGAGAUGAAGAAAGUGGAUUUUUCAGAAGGCGUAUUAUUAUACAAGAGCUUUUUAAGAGGGAGUUUGUUGAUGCCGUUCUUCAAGAGUGGUACAAGACAAUGAGUAAUUUGCCGGCUGGUUUGCGCCAAGCUUAUGAGAUGGGUUUGGUCAGCUCUGCUCAGAUGGUCCAAUAUUUGUCACUGUUUGGAAGGCCCACAAAGGCUAGAUAUUUCUCUCGAGCCUUUCCAGACUUUUUCUCAAGAGGCCUUGUUGGAAGAAUGCUUGCAGAUCCAUCUUUCCUGCAUAAGAUGACCUUUGAGUUGCUAGCUACCGCUAGUACAUCUGUUUGGUGGGAGAUGAAAAACCGUAAGGAGAGGUUCCAAGAAGAAUGGGAUUUGGUGUUACUCAAUGUAGUUACUGCCACAGUUUGCAAUUUAGCCGUUUUCUGUUCACUUGCGCCAUGCCGUUCAUAUAUGAUCCAUAAACUUCCAAAUAAUAUAUUUGAAAAGAGCUAUCCUAUGAGACAGUUUGGUCUUCUAGGAAGAACCCAGUCCCUCUUUAGCAAGGCUGCUGAGCUUUGCCUAGGUGGGCUAGUUAUUGGCUCCAUUCAAGGUGGUCUAUCCAAUGUCCUUUCUGCUGGAAGAGAAAGAAGGUUGUCGAUGACUGUUCCUUCUAUCAGCAACAAUGCUCUUAGUUAUGGAGCUUAUUAUGGGCUUUAUGCAAAUCUGCGGUAUCAAUUUUUAUGUGGUCUUGAUAGAUCAAUGGCGAACCAUUUUGAUGUCCUUGGUGUUGCAAUCUUUUUCGGCACAGCGAUGAGAUUGAUGAAUAUUCAAAUUGGGGAGCUAUCGAGACGUGUCUGGCUUGGUGAGGGGGCAGAUAUGCUUAAUUCGGAUAAUUUAUUGAGAACAUACAAUGGCCCAGCAGCAGAGCUUGCCAUCGAGCAACAGGCAGGGUGGUUUAUGUCCAAGAAUGCAAUUGUAUCUGGCCUAGAACUUCUAGGCAUCAGGUAUGGUGCAGCUGAAGAUGCUUCUCCAAAGCUUCGGCGAAAGAGAAUUGUCCGAAAGAAGUAG